AUGACGCAAUCCAAAAAACAUCAUCAUCACAAGAAGAAAUCAUCAUCCGCCUCUUCUGCUUCUUCUUCAAAGAAUAAUAAUCAGUUGACUUCGGGAUCCAAUGUCAAACAAUCACUCACCGCUCAAGAGAUUCAAAAACUCUUGUUGGAAGAACAACAAAUAGAUCAACUCUUCUCCAAAUUAAAUUUAAAGAGAAAGCCUAUUGCCAAGGAUGGUGCUUGUUUAUUUAGAGCUUUUUCGGAUUUAUAUUUCGGAACUCAAAUUUAUCAAGAACAAGUACGAAAAGCAUGUGUUCAAUACAUGAAAGAGCAUGAAGACUUUUUCAUGAAUUUUGUUGUUGAAAUGGAUUUUGACUCGUAUUUAAAACAUAUGGCAAAGCCAUAUUCCUGGGGAUCACAAUUAGAAUUGGAAGCUCUUUCAAGUCUCUAUCAUGUCAAUAUUACUGUGUAUGAUAUGAAUGGAGUGGUGGCACAACAUGGAAAUCACUCAACGGGAGACGUUGCAAGCCAACCAGCAGCAACCAAUCAAUGGACCUCUUCAGGCACUACGUUGUCUGAUUUGAUGAAAAUGAAGAAGAAGGAGCGAAUUUUACCAAAACAGAGAAAAGAUAUCAAAUUGGCAUUUCUCUAUGGUAGUCAUUAUGAUUCUGUCUAUCCUGCCAAUGAAUUUAUGAAUAAUAUUCUCAUGCAAGACCUGUUCUAUGAGACUUGUAUGACUCCAUUCAAGACAGAUUUAUUUGUGAAAAAACCAGGAUGUUUCAAGAAUGUUGAAUAUGACGCUUGGCUGGAUGACUUGGAAAAGAUGGAAACAAAGUCUUUGCAAAAAGUGAAAGAAUUACUUUCUCAAAACCAAACUGCAUAUGAUCUAAACAAUCCCAAUGAUUUUCCAGAACUUUCGAAAAAUCCAUUGAAAUCAUUGUCACCAUCAAUAACAACAACAACUCUUACGAACAGUGCAGCAGAUGAUAAUUCCUUGUUAGAAACCUCAAAUGGAGAAGGAACCAACAACAAAUCUGAACAAGGAGAGUCCACCACAACUGCAGUGCUUCCACCACAGAAUGCAUGGUUGACUGAAAAGAAGAAUUGGUCCGAAAUAUUGAAUGCUCCUCCUGUUGCGUCACCAUCUUCACAGGAGACUCCGAUGAAUGAGAAACCAACAACUGCAGGCACAAAUUCCAAUUCAUCCUCCACAGAUGAUCAAUAUCCAAAUUCUCUUGCUGUCAUUACUCAAAGUCAUUCACUCACUGUGGAUGUUUCAGCACUCUCCACCGACCUUCCUCACAAGACCACCACAAAGACCACCAAGAAGAAAGCAACCACCCACAAGAAUUCACAAUCAAAGGCCAAGACCUCUAAAACAACCACCAUUAAGGCAGAAGAGAACACUGCCGUGACAAACAUUAGCAGUAGUCUAGUCAAUGAAGUAUCCUCAAAAUCCGAAAGUGAGCUUGACCAUUCCAUGCAGCCAACCACCACCCAUUCCAUGUCAAACCCAUCCGUUCCAUUAUUGAAUUCAUCAGUUCCUCCUCCUACGUCCUUCAUUCCAAUGAUUCCACAACCAAUGAUUCCACCCUCUCAAAGCAAACCCAACCAUGAUGCCAAUGAUAAUCUUCCAAGUGGUAGUGAUUCCUUUUUGAAACAGCCUCCUUUGGGUGUUUUCCCUCCUCCGUAUCCUGGCAUGUUCAUGGUGACGCCUAAUAUGAAUUAUCAUUCACCUCCCGUGAUGUUCCUUCCUCCUCGUCAUGGAAUGAUGCCACAUUAUCAAUUGCCACUGCAACCUCAUGAUCAGCAGCAACAGAAGCAACCUCUACCCUUAAUGAUGAGGAUGCCACCCUCUCCUCCGAUGGCAACCAUGUCGACCUCAUCCACCACCACCAUUUUGAAUAGUGCACAACCAUCUCCUUCUUCCUCCAUUCCUAUCGUUCUUCCAAACCAUGUGUCGGACAUUCCACAGCAAAACACUGCCAAAUCAUCAUCGACUGCUGUUCCAGUAGUAGUUUCUUCUGCUUGGACAAAACCUUUGACUCUUCUUGAAAAAGAUUCUGCAAAAGAGGAGGAGAGCACCACUCAAUCAUCAACACUGCAAUCCAAUGCGACAACUUCUCAAGGCCGUGUUCAGGCCGUGUCCUACAAAGAUCAUUCCAUGACAAAUCGCUCUUCCAAGCCUCGAAGCUCUUCACAUAAACAACAACAACAACAACAACGAAAGAAGAAAUAA